UUUAUAACCUCAAAAAUGCAAACUACAUAAAUGACAAAUUUGACAAUUAAAAAUGUCAUCAGUAAUAAAAUUUGCAAAAACAAUACGAAAUAAUUGGAAAAAAUCAGUAUUUGCUGCUCUUGCUGUUUCUUAUGGAAUAUCGUAUGGAAACGAAAAAUAUAAAAUCAAUUGCUUAAUGCGAAAGUAUUGUCAGGAGGCAAUAAAAUAUGGAGAUUUGCCUAUUGCAGCAUCAACCCUGCCCAAAAGUGUCACAGUUGUACUAAAUCCAGCGGCAAACAAAAGAUCAGCAAAUGAUCAUUUUAAAAAAUAUUGUGAGCCAAUUUUGCAUUUGGGUGGGUUUUCUGUAAACAUUAUAAGUACAACUGCAGAAGGAAGUGCUAGAAAAAUUAUAGAAGAAAUGCCUACAUUACCAGACGCUUUACUUGUUGCUGGAGGUGAUGGAACAUUAGCUGAAACUGUUACAGGAAUGUUACGCCGACCAGAUGGUGCAACUUGUCCCAUUGGGGUUUUGCCAUUAGGCAGAUGUAGUAAUGUGGGAUCCGAAAUGUUUCCUGGAGCGUCUGAAAGUGGGAUAAAACGAGUUUCUGCUUUAGCAAAAUCUGCCAUGGCUGUCUUACAAGGAAAAGAGACUUACAGAGACGUAAUGCAAAUAAAACUACUUGCUGACCAAGUAAAUUCUGAAGAAGAGAUAACCAAAGAAGCAAAGCCAGUAUAUGCAGUAGGCAGUUUACAAUGGGGAGCAUUUCGUGAUGCUAUAUCAAACAGGGAUAAAUAUUGGUACUAUGGUCCUUUAAGGGAAUACGUAACAUUCCUAUUUAAUGGCUACAAAGAUACCUUAACCUGGAGUUGUAAAGCUCUACUAUCAUAUAGUGAUCCUUGUUCCGGUUGCCAAAAUUGUGUUCAAAAGAAAAAACCAACUGUUCAACAUUCGUCAUGGUGGACACGAAUUUUGCCCAAAGUAACAGAAAAGAAACCACUUGAUGAAAUUGACUACAGCAAAAUUUAUAAUGAAGAUUGUGUUCAAGUGCAUGAAAAAACAAUAGAAACUCUCGACUUCCAACUAACAACUUCCCAAAUAGAAGCUGAUGGAACACCAUCAUUAAGAGUAAAAUUAGGCCCGGACAAAAUAACCUAUGGAGAUUUUGUUUCUGAAGGCUGGAAAAGAAUAAAGGGAGACAAAAGUAAUGUUGUGGAAAAGUUAGAUGCACGUAUGCUUGAACUAAUACCAGAAACCAUUUCUUCUGAAGAGAAACCGGUUUGGUUUGCAAUAGAUAAUGAAGAAUAUGAAGUGAAACCUAUUAGAGUAACGCUUAUUCCAAAAGCUAUCAAAGUAUUUUGCAGCUGACAAAUUCAUAUUUUGUAAUGUCAUUGUUUGUGAUUCAGAGUACAAGAAACUAAAGUGCAAAUUUUAUUUGUGUCACGCUUUAUGACAAAUUCUUGAUUUAUAAUACAAAUUUCAUUUGUGACGUAAAAAGAACAUUCAAAUAGAAUUAUUGUACCUAUAA